AUGCUUCACAUUCUUCUCUUAUUUUCUUUCCUUUUGUCCACCUCUCCUGCAGCAGCCAAAGACUUCUGUGUGGCAGACUUCAAAGCCACACAAGGCCUAGCAGGCUACCAGUGCAAGGUGCCUGAAGAAGUAGUAGUAGAUGACCUUGUGUAUUCAGGCCUAAAUGUGGCUGGAAACUUCUCAGACAUCCCCAAAUCUGCGAUCAACACAGUGUUUGUUGACCAAUUGCCAGGCCUAAAUGGUCUUGGUCUUUCAAUGGCACGAUUGGACCUAUCCCUUGGCGGGGUGAUUCCACUGCACAGUCACCCUGGCCGUUCAGAGGUGCUACUUGUUACCCAGGGCUCUAUUAUUGCUGGUUUCAUUUCUUCGAAUAAUAUUGCCUACAUGAAGACACUCAAAAAGGGAGAUAUUAUGGUUUUCCCUAAAGGUUUGCUGCAUUUCCAGGUGAAAUCUGGUCCAGUACCAGCACUUCUCUGGUCUAGCUUCAGUAGCUCAAACCCCGGCCAACAAGUCCUCAGCAAUGCACUGUUUAGCAACAACUUGCCUUCUGAAUUGAUAGAGAAGGUCACCUUUCUUGAUGAACUUGAAGUUGAGAAACUCAAAGUUCUUUUUGGUGGUUCUGGGUAAUUAAUUAAGCUUGGCAAAAACUUGUUUCUUGCCACCUCCUUUCCUUAAGUAUGUAGUCACUUUUGUCUGUUCAUCUUACUACAGUCUUUCAAGCUAUUGAUUCUUUGGAUCAAUGGCAUGUGUGGAGUUCUAUAUUUGGUUUUCCAGUGUGAGAUUACCAUGU